UGCUUCUGGUGUGAGAGAAUUGGCAGUCUGCAAGGACGUUGCCCAGGUGACGCCCAGAUGUUUUUGAUGUUUUCACCAUCCUUGUGGGAGGCUUAUCUCAUGUCCCCGCUGGAGCUGAUAAAGGGAGCUCAUCCGCACUCUCCCCGGGUUGGAGUCAAACCAGCAACCUUCACCGCCACCGUGGGAAUGUUUAGGUGGAAUCUCUUUUUCCUGAAAUUUGAAUCCAUUGCUCCAUUGUAUCCUAGUCUCUCUGGAUCAGCAUAACACUUACCUCCUCCUCAAUGUGACAGCCUCUCAAAUAUUUAAACAUGGCACUCAUGUCCCCUCUCAGCCUUCUUUUCACCAAGUUUAACAUACCCAGCUCCCUCAACCACUUCUCAUAGCGCUUGGCUUCUAAACCUUUGAUCAUUUUGGUUGCCCUUCUCUGGACACGUUCCAGCUUGUCAAUAUCUUUCUUGAACUGUGCCCAGAACUACAAACUGUUCCAAGUGAGGUCUGACCAAAGCAGAAUAGAGUGGGACUAUGACUUUCCUUGAUACUAUAUUCAUAGAAUCAUAGAGUUGGAAAAGACCUCACAGCCAACCAGUCCAACCCACUGCCAAGAACAGGAAAAUCGCAUUCAAACCACCCCUGACAGAUGGCCAUUCAGCCUCUCUUUAAAAGCUUCCAAAGAAGGAGUCUCCACCACAGACUGGGGCAGAGAGUUCCACUGCUGAACAGCUCUCACAGUUAGGAAGUUAUUCCUAAUGUUCUGGUGGAAUCUCCUUUCCUGUAGUUUGAAUCCAUUGUUCCGCGUCCUAGUCUCCAGGGCAGCAGAAAACAAGCUUGCUCCCUCCUCCCUAUGACUUCCCCUCACAUAUUUAUGCAUGGCCAUCAUGUCUCCUCUCAGCCUUCUCUUCUGCAGGCUAACAUGCCCAGCUCUUUGAUCCGUUCCACAUAGGGCUUUUUCUCCAGAUCCUUGAUCAUUUUAGUCACCCUCCUCCUAUUGAUGCAGAGCAGAAUCACAUUGGAUUUUUUAGCUGCCACAUCACACAUUCAUGUUCAGCUUGUGGUCUAUUAAGACUCCUAAUUCCUUUCACAUGCACUUUUUCAAGCCGUGUAUCACCCAUUUCGCAUUUCAUUUUUAUUGCCAAACAGUAGUACCAUACAUUUGUCCCUUUUGAAAUACAUUUUGUUAGUUUUGACCCAGCUCUCUAAUACGUAUGUUAAUGGUAAUUUUGUAUUCUGAUCCAUAUCUGGAACCCCAAUUUGUGUCAUCAGCAAAUAUGAUAGGUGUGCCCUCUAUUCCAGUGUCCAAAUCUUUGUGACCUGGAAAUCCCAAAUAUACCAACACAUCCACCUUCAUUUCGUUUCCUCCCUUCUGACUUGAUUGUUCGUUUUGAGUCUACAGUCUGACAGAGGAGAGUGUAAAACAGUCACUUCCUAUUCUACAAACUUGGAAAUACCUCCUUGCUGUUAAACUCUGUUAAGUGGCAAAUUUUCCCGCAAAAAAUAGAAUAAAAUAGAGUUCUGUUUUGUUAUAAAAAUUUGUCUCCAACUGGCUAAUGCACAUUGGGCAGAAAAAUGCCAGCCCUUCAAAUUGAAUCCAGAUACUAGAUGAUCUUUGUGUUUGAAAAGCUGAAUGACUAAUGCCAAAGAUGAUGCCAGCGCUUAAGAAUUGACUUCUUAUGAUUUCAUCCAAUUUUAUUCAUGUAUAGCCCACUCCCCCACCUCCACAUAUUCAGGCUCAAGGCAGCUUACAGAAUAUUAAAACCUCUGCACACAGACAGACCACCAUUCAGAAGAGCUAACAGAGAAGUCCUCCCUCUUGGGUUUUUUUUCCCCUUCUUUUUUCCAAUUCCUCAAUAAUUCGAGCCAAAUGCGCUGGAAGUGGAAUUUGGAGCCACUCGAAAGGAAAACAAAAAACAAAAACAGGCAGACCGACCGCAUUUACUGAGCUUGUCAUUGGAAAUAGCCUUGUCUGCUGAAAGAAAGAGCCGGGGCCAACUUUUCCCCUCUGGGAUGAAGGAUCCUAGCAGAACUACUAUGUUCAAGCAUCACAUCUUCCUGGAGUGUCUCCUGAUUUUGCUUUCCUUUCUCCGGCCAGUAGCUACAGGCCAUUGCCAACUGUUCCCAAGAUCCAUCUGCAGGAAGCCGGCUCCCUUUGUUCCUGGAUAUAACUUCAUUGGUGAAGGGGUUGACAUCACUACUCUGGCCAGGAAAGGGGCAUAUGUAGUGGAUGCCAGCCGGUGGCAAGGACCCAAUGGAACAUGCACCUUAUGCCGAAAUCCUCUAAUGGCUGGGCAGCUACAGAGACUCCCCUUGACCAGUGUGGACUGGCGGGCACAUGGGAAUUGCCAUCGGCAAGUGAGCAGCUCGGUGGAGAACUCAGAUGUGGACGUGGCCCACUCCAUGGCCAGGGACGUGAGCAACGACUGGGAAAUCGAACUGGGGUUGCCUACAGAGGCACCAAAUAACUGGCAAAAAGAGCUAGGGCUUUCCAAGGCCCGGGUAGCCUUUGCAGGAUCUCAAUCCCAAAUGACACUCUAUGCGCAUGAGAAAUCUUUGCAGGACAGGCACAGCUUUGUGAAGCAGGAGAUCUCCUGUGAACACUACCGGUUAAGACUCCAAAAUCCUCCCCUACUGUCCCAGUACUUCUCCCGUGCGCUGGAGAGGCUGCCAAGGAAGUCCAAUCUUGAGGAGUACCAGCAGUUUAUUAACAUCUAUGGCACGCACUAUAUCAGCCACGUCAGGUUGGGAGGGCGAGUGCGCCACCUCUUAGCUGUGCGCACUUGCACUAUGGCCUUGGCAGGUUUCACAAUUUCCAAGAUCAAGGACUGCCUCAAUUGGGAGGUUAGUUUGGGACAUGAAUUGAUCUUUGGAUCCAGUUCCCUCAAGUCCAAGUGCCAAGAGCUCUGGGGAGCAAAGGGCUGGGGAAACUUUUAUGACAUCUACAGUGGACAACGCACAGAGGUGGUGGGAGGAGACCAGCGGGUGGAGAUGCUCUUCUCGCAAACCGGAGAGGUCCAGCGCUUUUCGGAAUGGAUGGAGACGGCGAAAACAAAACCUGGUUUGAUCUCUUUCUCCCUCCUACCUCUUCAUAUGUUGUUGCCCCGAUCAGAUCCAAGGAGGGACUUGUUGAAGCGAGCCAUUGUGGGUCAUAUCAACCAGAGAGCCCUUAAGAGGGACUGCCCACAAGACUGCCCAUCCUGGAGCACCCAAAACUCAGAGAAGAGCUGCACAUGUAAAUGCCAAGCCGAUGCUGUCGUCAAUGACAUGUGUUGCGCCUGGGAACGAGGCCGGGCACGUCUCAGCUUCACUAUUUUCACUGGUGCCAACCUUUGGGGCGACCAAGUCACCGCCACCGACGCCUACGUCAAGGUUUUCUUCCAAGACCAGGAAAGGCGGACCAAGGUAGUCUGGAACAACAACAACCCCAACUGGACUGAAACUGUGGAUUUUGGGGCCGUGACGCUGAUGGCGCACAACCCCUUUACAGUGGAACUGUGGGACGACGACGUCUGGCACGACGACCUGCUGCAGAAAUGUCGUGGCAAUUUGGUGGCCGGAGGAGGCACCGUUGGGCUCACUUGUCAUUCACGUUAUGGGCACAUCGAAUUUUCUUACUUGUUGGAGUGUGGACGCACAUUGGGAGGCCCCAGUUGUUAUGACUAUGUCCCCUUACAGCUGCCAACAUCAUAUUUCAGCAACACCAGUUCUCCGUUCCGUGCUUUAUCUUUGUCUCAUAUGUUUCAGGAAGACUUUCAGCUGCAGGAGUAGGACAAACCCGAACAAAGCGAAGGAUAAGACUGGAAUAAAGCUGCUGAGCAAGUAAGGCAAAUGCAAGCCUGAUAACACUAUGUAACACAAUUUUUGUUCUUGGGUUAUAAAUGUCAUUUCCGAAUUGAAUGUAUCAUAAAAAACAUGGAAAAGGUUUAUUAAACUGCAAAACCUUUGUUUUUCUGGGCCA